GUGGUUCGAAAACGCUGCGGCGCAACGUAGCCGUCACUUGUCUUCUUCUUCUAUGCCGCACUGACUCUGCCAUGCUGUACUUGUGCUGUCACAGUGAAUCGUAUUAAUUUUUUCAAAUUUUAUUUUGCCCUCGGCCGUACUUUAGGGAUCUUUCGACGAGGGUCCAGUAGUACAAAUUUAGUGAGCUUGAAUUUGCAAGCCUUGACAGCAUCAUGGCGUCUCAAGGGUAUAGUGCGGACGAGACCAGCGCUGACCGCAAUGUAGAGAUUUGGAAGAUCAAAAAACUGAUCAAGAGUUUGGAAAUGGCAAGAGGGAAUGGCACCUCUAUGAUUUCACUAAUCAUACCCCCGAAGGAUCAAAUUGCUAGAGUAAGCAAAAUGUUGGCAGAUGAAUUUGGCACAGCGUCUAACAUCAAAUCCAGAGUGAACAGAUUAUCUGUCUUGUCUGCCAUUACUUCUGUACAGCAGAGGCUCAAACUGUAUACUAAAGUGCCCCCAAAUGGCUUGGUUAUCUACUGUGGUACUAUUGUUACUGAGGAAGGAAAGGAAAAAAAGGUUAACAUCGAUUUUGAACCCUUCAAGCCUAUCAAUACGUCCCUGUACCUGUGCGACAAUAAGUUUCAUACGGAAGCGCUUUCAGCGUUGUUGGCUGACGACAACAAAUUUGGUUUUAUUGUAAUGGAUGGUAAUGGAGCAUUAUUUGGCACUCUACAAGGCAACACGAGAGAUGUCUUACACAAGUUUUCAGUCGAUCUUCCUAAGAAACACGGUCGUGGUGGUCAGUCUGCUUUACGUUUUGCCCGUUUACGUAUGGAGAAGCGUCAUAAUUACGUCAGAAAGGUGGCGGAAACUGCAGUGCAGCUCUUCAUAUCCAAUGAUAAACCCAAUAUUGCUGGUCUAGUACUUGCAGGAUCUGCAGAUUUUAAGACAGAAUUAUCACAGUCAGAUAUGUUUGACCCAAGAUUACAAGGUAAAGUUAUUAAGCUAGUAGAUGUGUCUUAUGGUGGUGAGAAUGGUUUUAACCAAGCCAUUGAAUUAGCAGCAGAGUCGCUAGCAAAUGUCAAGUUUAUCCAGGAGAAGAAACUAAUUGGAAAAUACUUUGAGGAGAUCAGUCAAGAUACUGGAAAAUAUUGCUUUGGAGUUGCAGAUACAUUGAAGGCGCUAGAGUGUGGAGCGGUAGAGAUCCUUAUUUGUUGGGAAAAUCUUGAUAUCGUUAGAUAUGUUUUAAAGAAUCAUCAGUCUGGAGAGGAGACAAUCUUGCAUUUAACUCCAGAACAGGAAAAAGAUAAGACCCACUUUACAGACAAAGCUACUGGAGUAGAAUUAGAAUUGGUAGAAUCCAUGCCCCUAUUAGAGUGGUUGGCCAACAACUAUAAGAGUUUCGGAGCUACGUUAGAAAUUAUCACCGACAGGUCGCAAGAAGGUUCACAAUAUGUUCGAGGAUUUGGUGGAAUUGGAGGGAUUCUUCGAUACAAAGUGGAUCUACAGUGUUUAGAGGAACUGGAAGAUUUGAACGAUUUUGAUGUUGACCUCGAUGAUUAUAUUUAAAUAUUGUCAUCUUGAGAUACUUCUGGAAUAUUACGUUACAAAGUGGACUUACAACAAUUGGCAGACUUGGAGGAAGAGUUUAAUGAUAUUGACCUUGACGAUUACAUGUAAAUAAUUUCACUGCCAGGAAGUAAAGCUUAGACAGUGAAAGAAGAAGACCAAUGUUGUAGGGGAGCAUAUAUUUGAGACGGGAACCACCUGGGGAGAGAGAACGAUGCUCUCUUACGUGUGCCGGGUGCUGCAUGGCUCUUGCGUCCCCUCGUUGACAUGCAAGUCACUACAAACCACUUGUGUUGGUGGUUUUAAUUGUUGCCUGACAAUCAGGCUUUUCUGUUUAUAAUAUUAAAUUUUGAAUAUAAUUAUAAAACAUUAAUAAUCCUUGGUAUUGUACUAGGAGAGGGCACAUUGUGUGGGUGCUCGGGAGAAGGGGGGUGGGGAGACAUUGAUGUGCAGUAAGGGGAGGGGUGAGAGAAGGGGUUUAGACUACUGGAGUCUUUGGUUCUCAGCCAACGCCGUCGUCACCUUUGGUCUUUUGUUUAUGGCCAUUGAUGUGGCGAAUUCCACAUGCUCAGCUUUUUAUUAAAAGAUUUUUAUCUCCGUCGUCUCAACUCAAAGCAAGGGAAGUACUUACAGAAGUUUAGAAUGCAAAAAACAACUUUGGUGUUCAGAUUUGUUUUUAAAAUAUAAUUAGAAUUAUAUAUACAUUAUAUGUAUAUCAUGGGCCUUCCAAUCUGUUGAACUAUUUGCAUUGGUUUAUGAAAUCUAUAUUUUUGGACAGCUAACCUUGGCCCUAGUGACAUAGGCAUAUCAGUGCUAUAUUUUGCAUUUGCGUGUAAAAAGAUGUAUCAAAUUCGUCAGCCCCUGGAGUUGGUGUAACAGUAUGUGGCUUUAUGGUUAUAGCUAAUUUUAUAUAAAAUGGAAUCAUCUUUUAUAAGAAAAUUAUAAAGUACCUGUAUUUUGUAAUAGAAACAAAAAGCUGAAUCUGUGGGAAUCAGAUGAAGCUUAUUAAUGAUAUGUAUGUCCCAAGGGGCUGUUGCUGCUAAAUUUUGAGUAUUGCAGAAAUGUCAGGUUUUCAGGGUUUUCAUUCUCAAAUGGUCAUGGCUUUUAGCUCAUGUUUAACCAGGGCCUGGGCUAGUUCUUUACAGGCUGACCCACUUUCAGGAAAUGUAAUAUAUUAAAAAGGAAAUCUUAGAGCUCUUUAUGAUUAUAAGGGAAAGUAUGCUAAAAUGUAGUUUUCCUUCUUUUGGAAGCAAACGAGUAAAGAAUAUUUCAGUGAGGAGAGUCCAAGUUUUAACCAUGAAUACGUUUUGUCACAGUUCUUCAUUGAGGAAUUUGCAUAAUCAUUGAGCAUGUCCAAACGUUGAUUUAAGGUGACUGCUGAAGGUGUCAAAUUUAUUCUGGCCAGAUGGAACAUUCAUUACUCAUUGUUGUACUUUUAACCUUAGCUUUAAAUACUGGAUUUAAACUGAAAAUUUAAUGUAAAAUGUAAUUUCCAUUUUUGCUGCUACCAUUUCAGUGUCUACAGUCUGCAGUUUUGAUAUAUAUAUAUAUAUAUAUGUUGGGACGUGCACUCUGACUCCAUAAACUCUUCAAUAGGGCACUGUGACAUUGUGUAUUGGUAGUAACUAAGAUGGAUUAUUAUGAGGCAAAAUUAGUUUUUGUACCCCAUACCACAUCUGUGGGGGGAUGUUCUCUUGUAAAUGAUAAUCCUGGGAUAUUUCCUCCUGAUACUGUGAUGACUAUAUACUGCUGUUGUUUUUGUUUCUGUUUUUUGUUAGAUGAUACUCGUAGAGAGUCAGGGUAUGUUAAUUAAGGAACUCCGUGGUGAAAGGGUAGACUAUCAAAACAACAGGAACUGAUGUUAUUGAUAUCAAGUGAAGUGAAAACACUUAACUGUGCAAUACGAGUGGUAUAUUAAUAAGGAAAAACUUAUGUAGCUGAUAAGGAUCUCCUGACUUGAAUACUUGAGGGACAGCCCCCAGUGUCUUCUCUUUGGAAUAAGAUAACUGAAUAUCUUGGGUUUUCCAGAUAUGCCACUGUCUUUAUUUGUAGGAUCUGGCUGUCAUUUGUGAUCCAAGACAAGGCAACAAGUACUGCCAGUCUCGUCUAGAAGUUUUGUGUAGUUCUUUUUUAAUUUAGCAAAAAAAAAAAGUAUUGCAACAUCGCAGCCAGGCAAAGCGUUUUUGUCUGUAGAGGUGAACUUUAUGAUGUGCCUGGCUAAGUGUUGUGGAGUACUGUAUACAGUAUUGCCAUAAUGUUUGACUUUGUGGGACUCCUCCACAGGGUCAUCAGGUUUUUCUUGUUGUUUUGAUAAAGUUUAUCCCCAGUAUGGUUACUUUUUGCCAAACUGUAGUAUCUGUGCCUUAUUGGGUAUUUUAUGUUCCUGUUCUAAAGGACAGGGUAUAAGUAUUUGCGCGAGGAAAUGAUGAUAUAGGAUGAAAAAAAACCUUUAAUAUUCAGGAUUACCAGAUGUGUCUGCACAUUACCUCAGUUCGCACUUGCAGUUUAGGUCAAAGAAUUUGGUAAAAGUGGGAGAUUCUGAAUCUGGGAAGUGUGGUAGGUGCCGUAAUAAAAUGCAGCUGCAUUGUGGAUUGCACAAAGAAAGAAAUCUGGAAAACAUGUUGCCGUAGGUCUAUUUCAAUUCUAUACAGUAUAUUUUUGUUUAUUUGGCAACAAGUGACUUUGAUCCACAAUGCAUUUGCUGAAACAUCCAAACUCCCAGAAUUUAGAUUUAAAUGCCACAGUAUUUUGAGAUAUGGCAGAAAAUAAGUUAUUGGCUGCCUUUCUGUUACUUAAGGUUUCUAUGUAUUUUUUACAAAACAAACUGUCCUCACAAUGUGAAUUUUUGUCACAUAACCUUUUCCUGUAUGUAACAAGUCAUUGUGAUUGCAUGCUAUUUUAUUUGUUUUUAAACGCUUAUGGUUAAUGAAAGGAAGUACAGUUAAUUAGCAUACAAGAAAAGUUUAUACAUGUGUAAAUUUGGUAAUUAUUGUUAUUUUUUUAUUCUUUAUCAUCGUAGAGUGAGGCAGGCAAUCGUAAAUGAAUAUAAUCAGCAGAUGUGCCUCAAACAACACUUGAACAUUUGAACAUUGUUUAGGGUACUAAUAUGCUCCAUUAAGUCGUAAUCUCGUAAUUCUCCAGUUUAGUUAAAAUUGCUUUUGAUAUGAAAUAAUGAUAAUUGUAACUUUAGAUAUGAAAUUUAAGAAAGAAAAUAAAGAUGGUCUGAUCGUUAUUCCGUCUCCAACCAGAAAUCCCCCAGCCCAAGUCAGCCGCCGGUGUAUUAUUUUUUUUUCUCGGGUUUUCAUGAAGACCUGUAUGGAUCGGCAAAUUAAAUACUUUAGGGAAAGUUAA